AUGGUCAUGGUCAUGGUCAUGGCGACUUGCUUCGUCGAAACACGCCAUUUGUUUGUUUUCUAAGUUUACCGGAGUAUCAUCGGGCUUCUAACAGGUGCUCCGUGUACCUGAGAAGGUAACGGACGGACACAGCUGACGGACCAGUGGAAGAACCCUCAACAGAGCUGCCGGGAGACUGAAAAUGUUGAGUUUCUGGUGAAGAAAUGCCCACUUCUCCUUGACAUGUGGACAGUGUUCAUUUUUCUGAACUUGGGGGCUCUGUACUGCACAGUCUCAUGCUUUCCUCCCAGCCCCACCAAUGUCUUCUUCUCUUCAGUCAAUCUGAGGAAUUUGCUGCAGUGGUCUCCAGGAAAUGGCACAAAGAAUGACACACUCUACACAGUGCAGUAUGCCAUCUAUGGGGACAGUGUCGAGGGCAGCAAAGGAAAACGGGUGCACUGGAGGUCAGCGUGGCACUGUAGAGAAGUUGGGCGCCACUGGUGUGACCUGAGCAAUGAGACGUGGGAUCUGGAACAAGGAUACCAUGCCAGGGUUCAAGCCAAGAGCAGGAGAGCAUUCUCAAAAUGGGCCACGACGUGGAGGAGAUUCGACCCAAAGUCAGACACUAUAUUUGGCCCUCCGCUGGUUUCCGUGGACAUGGAGGGAAACAAUGCCAUCAUUACGGUGAAGGGACCAAUGAGAUAUCAGCUUAACAAUCAAACUCCAGCAGUUUCCAUGGCAACACUAUACGCUCAGAUGACUUACAACCUCUCUGUCCACAACAUCCGUCGCGGCAGGAUGAGCAAUUUCCCAUUCGACUCCAGUCACUACAAAUAUCGUCUGAUGGAUUAUGACACGGAGUACUGCUUCUCUGCCAAGACAAGAUUCCUCUCCAUGCCCGUCCACUGCCAGCCCUCAGAAUGGAACUGCAUAACCACUCCUCCAGACCCUUUGAUUGCCAAGCUGCUGAUGGUGGUUGUGGGUAUUGUUGUUCCAACUGUGUGCAUUUGUUUGCUGGUGGUGAUUGGCUACUUUCUCUAUCAAUACCUGACCGGGAAAGGACAGAAGAGCCCUUAUAUACUGAACCCGCCAUCUUUUUAUCCCCCCCCUCUGACAUUUUCCCCUGAAGCUCAAAGUGUCGUCCUCUUCAAAGUCGGGCUACCAUCAGAACCAGAAAACGGAAUAUCAGACCCUACAUACUCCAAAAAACAGCCACACAUCGCAGAACCCCCACCCGGAUAUGCUCCCCAGGGGUCAGACACACCUCUAGAGCCCGAGGAACCCUGGGAUCAUUUGUCCAUCGACUAUGGAUUUGUUGGCAAAGCUGCUGAUGAUGGAGGAAUCAAUGGAAAUAAUCACAGAGAUGAAUCCCAGAAUUGUGUUGCAGUAGAGUGUAACGACGAGAAAGGGUGGAAAGCUGAGGAUCAACACUCCACUACUGCUUACGCUUCUCAGGCAAAGUCCUACCUUUCGCAAAAGUCGACCAAAUCAUGCUCAGAAACACACAUGCCGAUACAGGCACGGACAGAGGUGAGCACACUUGCACAGGCACAUGCAUGUUUACAGGUAAAUUCAGUUUUGCUGUACCAGAGUUCAGCACAGUCGUCGGUUCUUCAGGGUGCAGUAGAGUUGGAUAAAGAGGAGGAGGAAGAUGAAGAGUUUUCAGGUUUAUUUAUAAACAAAACUCCACAAACUGGCCUCUUCAGUAUCCCUUUACAUGUGAAAUCAAAGAAGAAUGACAGGAUAGUAGAAAAUAUGGCUAAAGUACAAACAAAUGUAAAGAAUAAUGAAGGUAAAGAGGAAGGCAGGAGUGAGAGAGAACCCCUACUUUCUGCUUAUGCCUCUCAGAACAUCAUAAACAUGCCUACCUCCCAAUCUGACCAAUCACAUUACUUACCUGAUGACUAUGGUGUUCUGAGUAUGGCUGCUGCACACAGAUCAGAGGAUGAUGAGGAGGAGGGGGGAACUAUAUGUAUUGAGUGGGAUCCUGAAACAGGGAAGCUAGCGUUGCCAGAAGUGGGGAUGGAGUUCCAAAAGGAAGCUGGGUUGAUGCAGCGAGAGAACGGGAGGGAGAGCAAGGCUGAAGGAGAAGCAGAGGAAGAGGUGAGUGUAAGGGAGGCCGGAUUAAGGUUGGAAAAUGUGUUUGUCAGACAAGGGUCAGAGGAGAAGGCCGAGGCGCAGAGAGAGAAGGAGACAGGUGGGGAACUAGGGUGGGAGACAGAUAACCUUUUGAGCAAAUGGAACUUAGUAAUAUCGUUGAAUGAGUAGAUGAUAUUCAUCGCAAUAAAUAUUUAGCUCUUUUACCACUCUUUUUUUGCACUUACACUUUACAUGUAUAAAAUGGAAGUUUGUAAUAAAAGAUCAGUUUUAUUUAGAAUAUAUAUGACAAAACUAAGUUCUUAUGGAUCACUUAAUACUGCAGUUAUUGUUUUUUUCUUUUAUACCUGUGAUUGUUUCUGUUUUUAUUAUUAUAGUCAAGAUAGUUAAUGUGCUUUAUGGUAGUCAAACUGUGAUCAAGUGUUCAGCUAAACAUAAUCAGUUGAUUCCGUGUUUAUUUGUGAUUGAAAUUAAGUCUUACUGAUUAACUGAAGUGCAAUGUGAUGGUUGAAAAAUCCAGAUGUCAGCCAAACAAACAUUAAUGGGCUGUCCUGGACGUGUGUGUGGCUUUUUAAUUUUAUUCUUCAAAAAUUGCCUAAUACAAAUGAAUAAUUUUUUUUUCUGUGCACCAAAUGAAAAAUCAUCUAAACCUCCUACGUGUAGUACAAUAACCCUAUAGAGAAUUUCACUUUUGUGUUUUCUCUUUUUUUCGCUGCUUAUUAUGAUCAUCUGUGUGACAAAAGUUUACUUAUGGCCUCCCAUGACUCGACAACGUACAGUCAUGGGAGGCCUUAGGUGAACAGGGAUAUGUACAGUGUUUCUGUGUGUAGGUUGGUUGUAGGUUGUAUCGAUUCAGUCUGUUCAGCUUCAGCAGUUAAACCGUUACAGAAUCAUAAUGUGAUAAGGGCCUCAAUUACUCAGGCACCUACGUUAAUACUAUUUCACUACCACUAUAUCUGAAUAAGUUAUAAAAAUGAAGGAAAUAUUAGAGUUAAUGUCUUAAUAUGUUCAUAUACUGUAUGUAAUGAAGUCAACCUAGAGAUUCUUUAAAUAGUGAAGUUUAUGUCGAUUUUAUCUGUGCAUGUCUAUUGUUCAUUUUGAAUUAAAAUGUUUAGAGGCUUGUGUGGAUAUUUUAUGUCAUCUAAUCCACAAGCUGUUGCUGUUGCUGCUGCUGUCAUUUCCGCCUAAAUCAUUGUAAGCUGAGGUUGGUUUAAUUGUGAAGUGAAUACUUAAACUUUCACUUUGGUAUAUUUUUCUUAUUCAGAACAAUGUUACAUAAAUCACGUUUUAAUGCUGAUGCUCCUUUUUUUUUAAUGUUGUUCCUCUUUUUGAUGCUCUUUGUUUGUUGUUCUGCCCGCUUGAAGUCAUAAUUUAAGUAAUUACUGGCAUUGGGCUGCCUCAGGUGUCACUUCAGGAAUCUUCUGGAAACAAAUCAUUAUUAAAGCUUUUUCCUGUAAACAAAACUACAGAGAGAGUUUCAGAUUCAUGUAUUUACACAACUCGGGUAUCUGCAGUGUGAUAAGAUUGACGCUGUGCAUGAAGUGUCAUGUUUUAUAUACAAACGUUUUACUCUGAGAAAUGUGAUAGUUUUGUAUGUUGCAAGACAGAUUAUUGUAUAUUCAAAAUGAAUAAUAAAAUGGUGAAAUUGCUAACUA